GGUGGACGACAUCCGCGACGAUUCGGUGGCGAAAUGAUGAUCAGAGCUGAGGAACUGUCGGCCAACAAACAGAUCGCUCUCAUCUCAUUCGCGGCCACAAAUUUGGACAAAAAAGACUUUAUGGGCAAAUCUGAUCCAUAUUUGACACUCUCGAGAGCCAACACCGACGGCACGUUCAGUGUUGUCCACAAGACUGAAGUGAUCAAAAACACAUUGACUCCUCAGUGGAGAGCAUUCAACAUAAAAGUGCAACAAUUAUGUGGAGGAGAUUACGAGCGAAACAUUAAAGUCGAUUGUUAUGAUUGGGAUGAGAACAGCGCCCACGACCUCAUCGGCUCCUUCACCACAAACCUCCGACGACUGUCUGCCGGACCCUCACAACAGAACUUAUAUGAGUGCAUAAACGCCGACAAAAAGAAACGGAAGGGAAAGUCUUACCAGAAUUCAGGUGUCGUUAAACUGAACAGUAUAUCCAUAACACAAGAGACAACAUUUCUGGACUAUAUUCGCGGCGGAACUCAAAUGCAUUUCGCGGUCGCCGUUGACUAUACGGCCUCUAACGGCGACCCCCGAGACCCCCGUUCUCUGCAUUUCCUCGACUAUAGCGGUCGUCCCAAUCAGUAUGAAAUCGCCUUACGAUCUGUUGGCGAAGUAAUCAAAUCAUACGACACGCAGGGAUUAUAUCCCAGCUAUGGAUUCGGUGCCAAAUUGCCAACCGGACAGGUCUCACAUCUGUUCCCAUUGAAUAACAAUAUGUCGUAUCCGUACUGUCGAGGAAUCGAUGAGAUAAUCAGUUGCUAUAAAUCCACGUUAAGCACAAUUACACUUCACGGGCCGACAAACUUUGCGCCCAUUAUUAACAAUACGGCUUCGAUUGCUUCGCGAUUCCAAGACGGGAAGCAUUACUUUGUUCUUCUCAUCAUCACUGAUGGCGUCAUUUCCGAUAUGAACGAAACACUCGAUGCUAUUGUCAACGCGUCUUCUCUCUGCCUCUCUAUCAUAAUAAUUGGAGUGGGAAACGCGGACUUCACGUCAAUGGACUUUCUCGAUGGCGACGGCAAUACUAUUGUUUCGCACGGCAAACGAGCGCUUAGGGAUAUCGUACAGUUUGUUCCGCUGAAUCGAUACGUUUCUGGCGAUUGGCAACAGAAUCAGUUCGAGUUGGGAAGGGCUGUGUUGGCGGAGAUCCCAACGCAGUUCAUGCAAUUCAUGCAAUCGCGAGGCUAUAAACCUGGAGCUGCGGGUCAGGGUGCAGGGGUUGGCAUUUUCCCCGAACCCACCGGCAAAGAAUCGGCGCCUAUUUAUCCGUCAAUUCCUUCUCAGCCUCCAUCCGCUCCUACGGCUCAUCACCAGUCAUACCCACAACCGGCCCCUUCAGCGCCCGGCUCUUAUCCCAGUAAUCCUUCGUACCCGAGCGGUCCCACCACUAACCCAACCGCGCCUUCAGCUCCCGGCUCUUACCCUAAUCCUUCUUAUCCCACCCCUCCGAGUGCUUACCCUCCGUCAGGUCCUAAUCAAUAUCCCUCAUCCGGUUAUCCGCCUUCUGCUCCAAAUCCAUACCCGCCUUCUUCUGGUCCCAACCCAUAUCCACCUUCAGGUCCUAAUCCAUACCCACCUUCUGGUGCCAACCCAUACGCCCCAAGCAGUGCGUACCCACCGUCGGGCCCAAACCCUUAUCCAGCUCCUGGUUCCCAAUACCCACCUGCAAGCGGUUACCCACCUUCUGGCCCUAAUCCGUAUCCACCGACUGGUGCUUAUCCCCCAACGAGUGGAUAUCCGGGAGCGCCCAAUGCAGGUCCCGGUGGACCGAACCCUUAUCCACCUUCAAGUGGUUAUCCGAGUGCUCCGACCAACUCUUCAUACCCGGCCCCCACUUCAUACCGACCCAAUUAUCCCCCGUAUUAACAAUAAAUGCCAAUAUUAUCGCAAGCCUUCGACUCUUAACUGUGAUAUUUAAGCGACAAAUGUUUAAAUAUGUUUUGCAUUAAAAGCCGUCUUUUCGUUAUGAGUGACUAAAUGAACAAAAGAAAUAUUAAACCGAUUCUCACAUUCAUAAUACGCCAAAGCCUUAAAAGCGUGUUGUAUUUAUUCAUGCUUUAAUCUACUAUCUAAUCGACCUUAAUGUACGAAAGGUAUAUAAACUAUAAUUAAUUGUUGACNCAAAACAUUGCAAUAGUUUUGUUGAAUCAGACUUUCGAUGAAAU